AAUUUCCCGGUCUACGUGACUGUAAACAGCCACCCUCACACUUACCGCGAACGGGCUGCAGCCCCUUUUCAAGUCCGAACCAAAGGAAUAUAGCGAAGGAUGACGGUUUUGAAGAGGUAUGUUUUGCGGUUGUUCAUAUCAUUGAAGUACAUUACAGCAAAUGUAGUGGACAGAAACAAUGGGCGGAUUGUUGCAACAGCAUCUACAGUUGAACAUUCUAUUAAAAACUCCCUUGAAUGUGGUCGAUCCUGCAAUGCCAAGGCGGCAACAGUUGUGGGAGAGGUCUUGGCUAUGCGACUCAAAGUGGAGGGCCUUGAACAAGCACAAGGAAGAGGGAUUCAUGUCGAUGUAAACAAAGAAGUUGAGAAAAAAGGUUUCAAGAACCGCACCAAAAUAUGGGCAAUUGUCAAUGCGCUCAAGAACAAUGGAGUCAAACUCGUUCUUGACGAUAGUGAUGAUGAUGCUUCCAGGCCAAGUUUCUAAUAAGUUUCCGCUUUAUCGUUUCUUCGUUUUAGUCUUCCCUAAAUGUUUAGAUUUCUAUGUAGAAGGUAGUUUAUACAUGUUUAACUAGUGAAACAAAAGAAAUGGUUGAUCCGAUAGAGAUUUGUA